CGUGCACGUGCGGGCAGUCGGCAUACGUCAUGGCGGCCAGACGCCUUUUCGGGGCUGCCCGUAGCUGGGCCGCCUGGCGGGCCUGGGAGCUCUCAGAUGCCGCCGUUUCUGGGAGACUCCAUGUACGAAGUUACGCCAAAAGACCGGUCAUUAAGGGGGGCAAAGGCGGCAAAGGCGCUGUGGUCGGUGAGGCUCUUAAGGACCCAGAGGUGUGUACAGACCCCAUCCGUCUCACCACACAUGCCAUGGGCGUCAAUAUCUACAAGGAGGGCCAGGAUGUCGUUCUGAAGCCAGAUUCCGAGUACCCAAAGUGGCUGUUCGAGAUGAACGUGGGCCCCCCCAAGAAGCUGGAGGAACUGGACCCCGAGACCCGAGAAUACUGGCGGCUGCUGCGGAAACACAACAUUUGGCGCCACAACCGGCUGAGCAAGAACCGAAAGUUCUAGCAGGCGAGGAACCAGAGCACCGGGACCUCCAAGGACCUGAGGAGACAGAAGGUGUAGGGAGGGGAAGUACCUCUACCUUCCCGCCCCCCACAACCUUUUAUUUUCGGGAAAAGACAGACUUUUCUGAAAACAGAGAUCUUCCUCUCACUGGGGUUCCUGGGUGGUCCCCACAGUGAGGCCGAAUUAAGGCCCUGGGGACCAGUGAAGACUUCUUGGGGCAAUUGUUGACAGGCCCUGGAUGGUGCUGGGUCUUGUCUCACACUGGGGCCAGGAGGGACUUGGGGCAGGCAGUGGGGAGGGAGGUAUACUUCAAACUCUGUGGUUCCAUGGCCCAGCCUCCACUCCCAGUGGUUGGUCUGGCUUCUACAGGUCCAUCUUCACUUCCAUGCCUCACUGGGCUUCUUACCCUGAUUCUUGGAAUUCCUAGCAUUGCCCAAGAGGCCCCAACCCCUGUCCUCACAUUGGGGGUGGAUGGUUCUAGCUAAGCCUCUCUGGGUUACAGUGGACUCACACCUGAGCCAAGUCAUCUGGAGCAGAAUAGUCUGUGAGCUUCAGGAACUGAAAUGUCCAGGGGUAGGUUCUGACUUCAGGCACAGCUGGAUCCAGGUGCUCAGCUAUGUGGCUCUCUCCAUUCCUGGAGUCUUUCAACUCCAGUGAGUAGUUCCUUUGGGCAGGGGUGGCUCCUGGCUGACACCCCCCUACCCAGUUCAGCAAGCCUAACAGAGGAAAAGGACUUCUCUUUCCUUCCUGCCAAGGUCACAGGGUUAUUUUCAUUGGACCAUCAUUUGAUCUGAGGAACCUGGGCCCACCGAUCAUCUUCCUGUCCACCCCCACUGGUGUCUACCAGAUUGGAGGUAGCUAGAGGGUACACCGUGUGUGCACACAAUGCCAGGGCCCUGCUAUAGCCAUGCCCUCUCCUGGGUAGAUACUUGGAUUAGAGAUACCUGGGUAACUGCCUGGGGGGCUGGGGCAGAGCAGGGUCCCUGCAGCUAAUUCUGUCUAGUCCCAGGAAAAUAAGAGCCCUCAUCCUCUUAGGAGGACUCUGCCAGGUGGAUUACCGCACACCUGCCAUCCCUGGUGGCGUGCUGUGGGCAGGCUGGUUGUUCCAAUCCUCUCGUGGUUCCCCAGGGCUCUCAGGGUAAGAGCCAAAGUUGGUAUAGCCACAGGCCUCCUCACUUCCUCCUAUACACAAGGCAAUGUGCUGCCCUAGGGCCCUUGGAUAUGCUGUGCCCUCUACCUGGGUUGCUUUUCCCCAGAUGUACCUGUGGCUCCCUCUUUCACUUCCAAGUCUGCUCUGAUGUCACCUCCGUGAGGCCUCCCCUGACUACCCUAUUAAAUUGUAAUCCUGCACACA